AUGGCUACCAAAAAGCAACUAAUAGAUGAAAUAUUCGAGAUAUGCGAUUCUAUUCUUGAGAAAUCAUAUAAGAAUUAAUAAAGUUUGGAAUUGUUAAUUCAGAAAUAUCCGUUGAACGAAGCAAUCUAAUAAUUUUAAUUGGUUCCAGUGAGUUAAUAUGAGGAUCAGAGUAGAAACCAAUUAAAGUAAUUGACUAUUGACUAGCUGUCCUAUCUGUUGGAAGAUGCCUAACAUACUUUGGAUUAGGUGAUGUAUGAGGAACUGUAAAUUAAUAAAUUGGGAUUGAGAGUGCCAAAAAAAUCAUUGGUGGUACAGAAUUAUGAGCAAUGGGACUUCCUGUUGUAAUGGCCUAAAUCUAACAAUUUGGACAGCAUAAUAAUAAAUGUUUAAAGCAUAACAAAUAAUAUUUAAGCUUAGUUGUAAAGAACAAAAGAUAAGUGUGAUUCGGAUGAUUUUCAGAAGAAAUACGAAGAGGCCUUAGAAAGAAUAGAAUAUUUGGAAAUGUAAUUGCAAAGCGGUUCAAAUAAAAAUAUCGGAUAAAAAAACACUAUCAAAGAACAUGUAUUGAUUACAAGAAAUCAAAUGAACCGAUGCAAAUUACCAAAAAGAGACACGAUUGAGUUGAUGGAUGAACUAGAAAAGAAACUAUUGGACUUGGAAGCUGAAAAAGAGAAAAUGUCAUCUUAUAGCAUGGAUGCAUUUUCUAAAUUACUUUAAACAAAAUAAUGA